UGUCCCUCGGACACAGCGGAUCACCGAUCAACGGAAAGAGCCGAAGAUGUUGGCUCGGUUAUGUGAUCAGCUGUGUCCAAUCACAGCUGAUCACAUGACGUGUACACAGAUCAUCAGGGCACUGACGAUCAGUGUGCCCUGAUGAUCUGUGUAGCCCCAGCAGUGCCACCUGUCAGUGUCCAUCAGUACCACAUCAAUGCCACAUAUCAGUGCCCAUCUGAGCUGCCUUUCAGUGUCACCCAUCAGUGCCAGUCAGUGCCACCUAUCAACCUGCCAAUCAGUGCCACCUAUCAGUGCUGCUGCUAAUCAGUGCCACCUAUCAGUGCUGCUAAUCAGUGCCACCUAUCAAUGCUAGUCAGUGCUGCCUAUCAGUGCCAGUCAGUGCAG